AUGCCACCUAGACUACCUCUCAAGGGCUUCUUGGCCGCUGCUCGAUCUGCCCUCACAGCUCCCCCAGCCCAAAGAUCGAGUCCUCUCACCCUGGUGAUUGGCAAUGAAUCCGCAGACUUGGAUUCACUCUGCUCAGCCGUAGUGCUGGCGUAUAUCCGCUCCAACACAUCUCACACUCUACACAUUCCCCUCUCAAACAUUCCCCGGUCUGAUCUUGUUCUGCGAACUGAAAUGACCGCCGUCCUGCAACAAGCCGGAUUAACCCCCACAGACAUCCUCACGUUAUCUGAACUCCCCGACCUCAAGCCCGAAGACACAGAGUGGUUUCUGGUAGACCACAACGCCUUGACGGGCGACUUGAAGAAGUUCCAGUGCCGAGUCAUCGGCUGCAUCGACCACCACGUCGACGAGAACGUCACCAGCCAGGAUGUCAAGCCACGCAUUGUCGAGCCCUGCGGAAGCUGCAUGAGUCUCAUCAUCGAAGAAUCUCGUGCAGCAUGGGACGCCUUUGCUCCGCUAGAAACUGAAGAUACCGCUGCCGAGGACGACAACCUGGCUAAACUCGCCUUGGCACCCAUUCUCAUCGAUACUCUAGAUUUAAAGGAAGAGCACAAGGUCAAACCAAAGGACAUCCUCGCCGUAGAAUAUCUGCUCACAAAAGUCCACCAUCAUACUCACUUCCAACAAACCACAUUCUUCAAGGAUAUCACCGCCGUCAAAGAGGAUAUCUCGAAGCUUAGCUUUUACGACAUCCUCCGCAAAGACUACAAGGAGUGGGAAGAAGCGGGUCUUAAGCUGGGCAUAAGCUGCAUUGUCCAAAACUUUGAUUACUUGCUUGACAAGGCGAAAGAGCCUCACGACUUCAUCGAUGAACUAGCUUCUUGGGCCAAAGAGAGAAAACUCGACGUCGCCAGUGUCAUGACCACGUCGGAUCCUGGUGGAGAAUUCCAGCGCCACCUCCUCGUGUGGGGGAUUACGGACAAAGGAGUCGAAGCAGCGAAGAAUUUCCCCAGCGUUGCAAAGAGUUUGAAGCUGGAGCAGUGGAAGGAUGGAUUGUUGGAUGGUGAUGAUGGGAAGCGAAAAGCGUGGAGGCAGAAGGAUUUGUCUGCGAGUAGGAAGCAGGUUGCGCCACUGCUUCGAGAUGCCCUCAAGACUGUGGAUGGGACGUCCCAGUCACAGCUAUAG